AUGACAAGUUCCACAGCCCUUCAAGUUGCCAUCAUCGGCGGUGGCAUAGCCGGACUCGCAGCGGCACGUGUCUUGCGAGAAGCUCAUGAUGUCACCAUAUACGAGCGUAAUGAUCCAGAAGCGGGAGAAAGUGGUGCUGCCAUUGGGCUAGGUCCAAAUGGCUCGAAGAUGGCCGCCAGACUUGGAAUUACUAAAGAGUCCCUGAAAGCUGUUGUAUCUAAUGGCUUCAGGAGUUAUGACCGAAACGGCAACUUGAUUAAAGAAUCAAGGAUUGACUGCGUCAAAGGCUUCGGUUCUGAGUGGUGGAUGGUCCAUCGCCAGGAUCUCAAAGAUGCUCUCCUACGAGCUGCAACAAGCCCUGAUCUGGGUCUAUCUGGCCGUCCUGCCAAGAUUAUCUACAAUUCUCGCGUUGUGCGAAUUGACCCUCAAGAUCGAGCUUUAAUCUUUGAAGAUGGGUCGGAAAUCAAAGCGGAUCUCAUAAUUGGUGCGGACGGCAUUCAUUCGAAAGUCCGUCAAGCUGUUGCUGGUCCGUGUUACGCCGAGUCAACUCCCGCGAACCUUUCUUUGUAUAGGUUCACCAUUAGCCGUUCCAGAAUAUCGGAUGUUCUCGGAGAAAUUCCGGAUGUGCUCAGAUAUGAAAACGGCGUUUUUCUAUCUUCCUUUAUUGCGGCGGACGGGUCGAACCGAAACGUUGUUGUAUACCCCUGUCGCGAUAUGGAGGUCAUGAACUUUGCUUGCGCUGUCCCAGACAGUAUGCUUCGGCAGCAGACCGAAGAGUCUUGGACUAAGGAUGGCGAUGUACACGAAAUGCUUGAGAGUUUUAAGGACUUUCCAUCAUGGCUUCUACAACUCAUGAAAACCUUGCCUGACGUCAAACUAUAUCAACUCCGUGAUGCAGACCCUUUAAGUACCUUUACGAAAGAUUCGACUGUUUUGAUUGGCGAUGCAGCCCACCCUAUGGUGCCGUAUCAAGGACAAGGAGCCAACCAAGCUUUGGAAGAUGCUGAAGCAUUCAGAAUUCUAGUUCACCCAGACUUCACAAAAGAGGAUUUGCCCGGUAAGCUGAAGCAAUGGAACCAAGCCAGGUGUAGCCGCGCAUCCCAGGUUCAGCUGAACUCAAGAGUAGCGGCAGCUAAAGUUUCGCCUGAGAUUAUCAUGCAAAGGAUGAAAUUCAACUGGACUUACGACGGGAUCGCAACCUCACCGGCGGGCCUUGGGAGCAUCAAUGAUCUUCCAAGUUCCGACUUUUCUAGAUGA